GAUUGUCAGUUUGAAAUACAUUCAAUUGGUGCUAUUAAACUUACAAGAUGGCUGAUGUUGAUCCUGAAACUUUACUGGAGUGGCUCAGUAUGGGUCAAGGGGAUGAAAGAGACAUGCAGUUAAUUGCUUUAGAGCAAUUAUGCAUGUUACUGCUCAUGUCUGAUAAUGUUGAUCGAUGCUUUGAAUGCUGUCCUCCACGCACAUUUCUUCCUGCAUUAUGUAGAAUUUUUUUGGAUGAACUUGCACCAGAUAGCGUUUUAGAAGUGACUGCUCGAGCCAUUACAUAUUACUUUGACCUUUCUCCAGAAUGUAUACGCAGAGUAAUAGCUGUGGAAGGUGCUGUGAAAGCUAUUUGCAGCCGCCUAUCUGGAGCUGGAUUAGGCUCCAGGACUAGUAGGGAUUUAGCUGAGCAGUGCAUAAAGGCAUUAGAAUUGGUUUGUGCAAGGGAAGCUGGUGCUGUGCUUGAAGCUGGUGGACUCCCAUGUGCUUUAUGCUUUAUUAGAGAGCAUGGAGCACUUGUUCACCGGGACACACUGCAUUCAGCAAUGGCUGUAGUUACCCGUUUAUGCGGAAAAGUUGAACCUCAAGAUAAAUCUUUACCAGAUUGUGUUGAAGCUUUAUCAACAUUACUCAGACAUGAGGAUGCACAUGUUGCUGAUGGAGCACUUCGUUGUUUUGCAUCAUUGGCUGAUAGGUUUUCAAGAAGAAAUAUAGAUCCUGCUCCAUUAGCAUUUCAUGGAUUAGUUUCUGAACUCUUGUAUAGGCUGUCAAAUGCAGCAGGGCCUGGUACAUCAAUAGCAACUACUUCUGGAAAUCCAAAAACACCUCCACCUUCUAGUACAGCUUCAACAAUUCCUACUCCAGAAGCAAAUUCUUGCGCAUCUGUUUCUACUAUAAUUAGUCUUCUGUCAACACUUUGUAGGGGAUCACCUUCUAUAACGCACGAUCUUUUACGAUCCGAACUACCAGAUGCAAUUGAAAAAGCUUUAAAAGGAGAUGAACGAUGUGCUCUGGAUUCUAUGAGACUAGUUGAUUUAUUGUUGGUUUUACUAUUCGAAGGAAGAUCGUCAUUAGGCCGUAAUACAAGCGGAGGUUCAUCAGGUCCUCUGUUACCACGAUACAGACGCUCGGAGAGCGCUGGAGAGAAGACUCACCGACAAUUAAUUGAUUGCAUUCGAUCGAAAGAUACAGAUGCAUUGAUAGAAGCCAUAGAUUCUGGAGGCAUUGGGGUUAAUUUUAUGGACGAUGUUGGGCAAACAUUGCUUAAUUGGGCAUCUGCUUUUGGAACCCAAGAAAUGGUUGAAUUUUUGUGUGAUAGAGGAGCAGAUGUUAAUAAAGGUCAAAGAUCGUCUAGUCUGCAUUAUGCUGCUUGCUUUGGGAGACCAGCUAUUGCCAAAGUAUUACUUAGGCAUGGAGCAAACCCCGAUUUACGUGAUGAAGAUGGAAAAACACCACUGGAUAAAGCCAGAGAACGUGUAGAUGAAGGGCAUAGAGAAGUUGCAGCUAUAUUACAAUCGCCUGGAGAAUGGAUGUUGCCAAAUCAAGAACAUAGAAAGCCAGAUGCAGAAGCGGAAUUCACAGAACCAAAAGGUGAUCCUGAAAUGGCCCCAGUAUAUCUGAAAAGGCUGUUGCCUGUGUUUUGCGCAACAUUCCAAUCAUCUAUGUUGCCUAGCGUUAGGAAAGCCAGCUUAAGUUUAAUUAGAAAGAUGGUGCAUUAUAUUCAAUCAGAAUUACUUGUUGAAACAUGUGGUUCUGAUAGAACAGGAAGCUGUGGUGCUAUGCUUGUGGAAGUAAUUGCCAAUGUACUGGAUAGUGAGGAGCUUGAGAUACAAGCACCACCACCACCACCACCUCCGCCUCUCAAGCCGAUAAUUGGCCCAAAAUUGCGUUGCCUCGCAUCGCGCAAGUCUUCCAGUUCCCCGAUCUACAUUGUUGAUAAGACGGAGGAUGAGGAUGGGCACUUAGUGGUUUUGCAAAUGAUACAGGAUUUGAUGAUAAAAGGCAAAGAUGAAUUUCUAGAACAUUUCGCUCGUUUGGGAGUCUUUUCAAAAGUUGCUGCAUUAGCUGGACCACAAGAGACUUCACCAGAACCAGAAGCAGAAUCAAAUCAAUCUGAAGAACAAAGAAUGGAAGAUGCAAAAGAACUUUUAAUUGGAAGAGCUUAUCAUUGGCGAGAUUGGUGUAUUUGUAGAGGACGCGAUUGCUUGUAUGUCUGGUCUGAUGCAGCUGCUUUGGAACUAUCAAAUGGAAGCAAUGGCUGGUUUAGGUUUAUACUUGAUGGAAAAUUAGCAACAAUGUAUUCCAGUGGAAGUCCAGAAGGGGGAAGUCCAGAUACAUCAGAGAACCGUGGCGAAUUUUUGGAGAAAUUACAAAGAGCGCGUAGUCAAGUAAAAGCAUAUUCUGUGAGUCAACCUGUACUUUCACGUCCUGGUACCAUCCGGUUAGUUGUAGGAAAUUGGGCAUUAUCUAGCAGGAAAGAAAGUGAAUUAUGUAUACAUAAUAGCGAUGGUCAGCAGCAAGCGACCAUCUUGCGAGAAGAUUUGCCAGGAUUUAUUUUUGAGUCCAAUCGGGGUACAAAGCAUUCCUUUACAGCAGAAACAAGUUUAGGCCCAGAAUUUGCGUCUGGCUGGGCUGGUAAAAGAGGAAAAGUAUUGAGAUCUAAGAUUGCAGCUAUCAAACAAAAAGUUAAAGUACAAGCUCAGGAUAUUUAUGAAUGUUACUUUAAGGUUGCCCAGGCUCAGCCACGUGGUGUAGUUGCUAAACUGGGAACCAUUGUAAGUCAAAUUGAAAAAGCAUGUCAAAAACAACAAUCGGGAAAUCGAGAAUGGCGUAAUAUAUUACAAAGUGCGCUAGAAGAAUUGAAAUCUUUAUUAAACGAGGAAGGAAGAGUUUCUGCAUAUGAACUCCAUUCUAGUGGUCUGGUACAAGCUUUACUUUCAUUAUUAGCGGCUCCACCGGGACCACAACCACCGACAUUAAGAGCAACCAAAUUGAGAAUGCAGAGGGUAGCAAUAUUUAAAAAUUGUUUCCAUUCAAAAGAUGCUAAUAAGGAACAUAACUCUGCUAAGAUUCUAGUCCACAAAUUGGUUUCAGUGUUAGAAUCCAUUGAAAAAUUACCCGUUUAUUUGUACGAUACACCAGGCUCGGGUUACGGUUUGCAAAUUUUAACGAGGAGAUUGCGUUUCCGAUUAGAAAAAGCAGUCGGCGAAAGCUCUCUAAUUGAUAGGUCUGGGCGCAGCUUAAAAAUGGAACCAUUGAGUACCAUACAGCAGCUAGAGAACCAUUUAUUAAAAAUGGUAGCAAAACAGUGGUACGAUCACGAUAGAUCAACUUUUACGUUUGUUAAAAAAUUAAAAGAAGGAAACAGAAUAACUUUUAAAUACCAAUAUGAUUUUGAUGAGAACGGACUGUUGUAUUGGAUUGGUACGAACGCAAAAACUUGCUCUGAAUGGGUUAAUCCCGGUCAAUUUGGUUUAGUCGUUGUCACAUCGAGCAAUGGAAGAAACUUGCCAUAUGGUCACCUUGAAGAUAUUCUAAGCCGUGAUCCAUCAGCUUUAAACUGUCAUACUAAUGACGAUAGACGUGCAUGGUUCUCAAUCGAUUUAGGGGUCUGGAUUAUACCGAGCGCUUACACAUUGAGACACGCAAGAGGUUACGGCAGAAGUGCCUUGCGAAAUUGGAUGUUUCAAGCAUCAAAAGAUGGCGUAAUUUGGACUACAUUGUACGCUCACAUGGACGAUUCGGCAUUAAAUGAACCUGGCAGCACAGCUACUUGGACAUUAGCUCCACAAGCUGAUGAAACACAAGGCUGGCGCCACUUACGGUUACAACAACUUGGAAAGAAUGCAUCUGGUCAAACACAUUAUUUAUCCGUAUCUGGAUUUGAGGUUUACGGAGAAGUUACUGGAGUUUGUGAGGACUUAGGACGUGCAGCUAGGGAAGCUGAAGCUGGAGUUCGUAAACAACGGAGGUUAAUGAAAUAUCAAGUACUUCGUCAUUUAGUUGCUGGUGCCAGGGUGGCCAGAGGUUUAGAUUGGAAAUGGAGGGAUCAAGAUGGUGUUCCCCCAGGUGAAGGCACAGUAACAGGGGAAUUACAUAAUGGUUGGAUAGAUGUAACAUGGGAUCAUGGUGGUUCCAAUUCUUAUAGAAUGGGUGCAGAAGGAAAAUAUGAUCUAAGAAUAGUUGGUAUCGUCCUUGAAACAGAUAGCGGAACAAAAAGUAAAAGUGGUGGUGGUGGAGUUUUGACUGGACGGAAAUCUAGUAGCACACCUAGUUUACCGGAUUGUACCGAUAAUACGAUGCAUGGUUCAGUAGCUUCAACAGAUCAGGCAGCAAGCGCAGAUAAUUUGGCAGCUAAGCAAGCCGCUGAAUCGAUAGCAGAAAGUGUGUUAUCGGUUGCUCGUGCCGAGGCGGUUGUUGCUGUAACCGGUGAAGGUGGAGCAAAUUCAACGGGCGAGUUGUCCGUUGUAUUACAUCCCAAGCCUGACACUACUAUGACAAGUGAUCUGGCAACAAUUGUUGAGACUCUUGCCCUUAACACUGAUUCUCCCGCCAACAGUAAUAGCAAUCGUGCAUCUAGUAGUUCGAAACAACUAUUUGCGACUGUGCGAGGAAACAAGCCAGGACCAGGUUUAUUUGGUCUUGAACCUACUGAAGUAUUAGACCGUGUCAGAGAAGGAGCUGACAGAUUACGCAAUAACACUAAUAGCUUUUUGAGCGGAGAGUUACUUAGUUUAGUGCCUGUUAGAAUCAGUGUAUCGGGUGAAUUAGAGGAUAAUUCAUUGAGGAUUAAAUCCGUUCAAAGGCAUCACUCUGGAAUUACCGAUGUUGGCAUAGAAUUUAGUCGGGACAAAGAAGCUAGCUCAUCUACGCAGAAUGCAGCAGGCGGGUGUCCUGUUGCUGUUACCAAUCCUAUGUCUGUCUCUGUCCCCAACCUUGCUUGUACCGAUGCUAACAAUACUUUGGAACCAACAACACUUCCUAUUGGUUUAUUGGAAACCUUAACCGUAAUGGCGCGAAGGCGAACAUUGGGACCUACAGGUGGACAACAUAUUGCUUCCAAUUCUAAUACUGGUUCAAAUUCGCGCGGACCUAAUGCUAUAUCGAGUAUACUUCGACUUGCCUCGAAUCCUAAUUUCCCUGGGGGCUUACUCAGUACCGCUCAAAGCUAUCCAAGCUUGACCAAGUGCACUGGUCAAGUAGCUGGUAGUGGUGUUACAACAACGACUGGACCGGGCUUAGGACAGGCGCUUACAAUGUCAUUGACUAGUACAAGUAGUGAUAGUGAACAGUUGCGGCUACAGGUUAGUCUUGAAGACUUUUUGGAAUCUUGUGGAGGUGUUGCAAGUUCUAGUGCUAGUGGAGGUAGGGCAGCAGGUGGGCAAACCCUUUUGACCGAAUUGGAAGAUGAUGAAGAUGGCGUUCUUGAAGAAGAAGAAGACAACGAUGAAAAUGAUCAAGAAGAAGAUGAUGAAGAAAAUGAGGAAGAAGGUGAUGGCUGCGACGGUGAUUAUGAAGGAGCAAUGGUAAGUCGCAAUCUUAAUCUUCUGGCAGCGUUCAUGGAGGAAGAAGCCCCCCAAAACAGUAAGAGGCGUGCAUGGGAUGAUGACUUUAUUUUGAAGCGACAAUUCUCCGCUCUGAUCCCAGCCUUUGAUCCACGACCGGGACGAACUAACAUUAAUCAGACAACAGAUUUGGAAAUUCCACCGCCUGGUAGAGAAACCCUAUUGAAUACACGUUCUGGUUCACUGCCAAUGCCAAGGCUUUCUUUGACACUGAAGGGUCCAGGACUUCCGGGUGUAGCGGACGUUGAACUACCGCUUACAGAACCACAUACCAGUAUUUUCCAACAAGUACAAGAUUUAAUGCAGUUAACAGAGUUGGGUAGUCGGCAAGAAAAAUUACGAAGAAUAUGGGAACCGACCUAUACUAUAAUAUAUAAAGAAGCAAAAGACGAGGAAUCAUCUGGCAGAGCAACGCCAGUGGUGACAUUAUAUUCCCGGAAUACAGCUCAAAAUGCUUCAGUAUGCACCGUUGAAGAUGUGUUGCAACUUCUGAGACAUGUUUAUGUAUUAAGCACUACUCGCGAUGACGGAAAACACAUCGAUUAUGAAGAAUCCGACGAAUCAGCAUGCGUGGUUCACCCAGAUGACUUUACUUCGAAAAAAAUUACGAACAAAAUAGUCCAACAAAUUCAAGACCCCUUAGCACUAGCUGCUGGAGCUUUACCAAAUUGGUGUGAAGAAUUGGCAAGAAGUUGUCCAUUUUUGUUACCUUUCGAAACUAGGCGAUUAUACUUUAGCUGUACUGCCUUCGGAGCUUCGCGAUCCAUUGUAUGGCUUCAAACACAAAGGGAUGCUGUUCUCGAAAGACAACGAGCACCUGGUUUAAGUCCACGCCGUGAUGAUAUUCACGAGUUCCGUGUAGGUAGACUUAAACAUGAAAGAGUUAGUGUACCUAGGGGAGAGAAAUUAUUAGACUGGGCAGAGCAAGUGAUGAAGGUAAAUAUAUUCUUUAAACUUUAAUGCAAAUAUUGUUCUUUGUAUUCGGAAAAAGCAAUACAAGUUGAGUUUGUUGGCGAGGAAGGAACUGGUCUUGGACCAACAUUAGAGUUCUUUGCGUUAGUUGCUGCUGAAUUACAACGUAAAAACUUAGGUUUAUGGUUCUGUGACGAUGAAGAAUCACCAGACACGGAUCAAUCUCGAGUUUCCGGAGAUCAGAUUCGACCUCCAGGAUAUUAUGUAACCCGGCCGAGUGGAUUAUUCCCUGCUCCGUUACCACAAGAUUCCGCAGCCUGUGAUUCUGCUGUUCGAUAUUUCUGGUUUUUGGGUGUAUUCUUGGCGAAAGUUUUGCAAGAUAAUAGAUUAGUUGACUUACCAUUGUCCCGUCCUUUCUUAAAAUUAAUGUGUCAUGGUGACAUCACCAACAACGUAAAUGAAAAAAUUGGUCUCAGUGGUAUAACUCAAGAAAGUAUGUCCUCCAGUAUGUCGAGUAGCUUUAUAUCGGAGGAGGGUGAAGCAGAUACGACAUAUUCAUCAUUAGAACCGCCAUCUUGGUAUGCCGGAUUAUUGGAUAUUGAAGAUCUUAUACUCGUUGAUCCAGUGAGAGGUGGAUUGUUGAAAGAGAUACAAACGGCUGUUGCGAAACGCGAUAGAACUCUUUCCGAUGGUCAUAAUUCUACCGACGAAGAUAUGUCGUUAAAUAUUACUCUAUGUGGAAUGUCAAUGCCUAUUGAAGAUUUAACUUUAACGAUGUCAUAUUCUCCAAGUUCCAAAAUCUUUGGAUAUGAACAGAUGGAAUUAGUGGAGGGAGGUACAGAGGUUUUAGUCACUAUGGAAAACGCAAGGGAAUAUGCUGAGAUGACCAUUAAUUAUUGUCUUGACCGAGGAAUUUCUAGACAAUUAGAAUCGUUUAAAUCCGGCUUUUCAAAAGUCUUCCCAAUGGAAAAACUUCAUGCCUUUAGUCCGGAAGAAGUGAGGGCAAUGCUCUGUGGAGAACAAAAUCCACAAUGGACCAGAGAAGAUUUGCUCAAUUAUACUGAGCCAAAAUUGGGCUAUACAAGAGAAAGUCCUGGUUUCCAAAGAUUUGUCAAUGUUCUACUUUCAUUGACUGGACCGGAAAGAAAGGCUUUCUUACAAUUUGCUACUGGAUGUUCAGCUUUACCUCCUGGAGGAUUAUGUAAUUUGCAUCCUAGAUUGACUGUUGUGCGAAAAGUAGAUGCUGGUUCAGGUGGUUAUCCCUCUGUUAACACCUGUGUUCAUUAUUUAAAAUUACCGGAGUAUCCUACCGAAGAAAUACUUAAAGAAAGACUCUUGGCUGCAACUAGAGAGAGAGGAUUUCACUUAAAUUAAUCUAGUUUCUGCUCAGGCAAGGAACUGCUACGAUAAUAUAAUCAGAAAUACUCGCUCUUAAAAUGUGCGAAACGAACUUUGCUCUACAGAUUAAAUCGUGCAAUCUAUGCGCGAAAGCAGAGUUUGGCCUUGAUGUUAUUUAAGAAAAGCUAAACCAAUUGUCCAAUAAGAAUCAGUACAGGUUUACAAAAAUGAUUUAAUGCAUAACCUG